AUGGUGCACAUUAUCAUAACUCUUGCUUCUUCUUCUUCCAUGGCCGAUCAUUCAUCCAAGAGUUCAGCCACCGCUCAGCCACCUCCAACCACCAAUGGCCGCCCACCGCUGCCUUCCCCCACCUCCUACCACUACUCGUCCUCACGACCAACACCACCAGCACCCAUUCACCCCAACCAACCUCACAAUGCUGGAAGAACCCGACCACGCAACUGCAUUUCCCACUGCCUACUUUCCACAGCUGUUACCAUUGGCCUCAUCAUCCUCCUCUACAUCUCCAUUGCCUCAAUUGUCCUCGACCAUGAUUUUCCCAAGUUUCGAGUCGACUCACUAACAGUCUCUAACUUCAACCUCUCUUCCACCAUCCCUCCCCUUCUCUCCGGCAAUUUCGACUCCCAAAUCACCGCCUGGAACCCCAACAAAAAAGUUACCCUCUCAUACAGCCACCUGGAGGCUGAAUUUUACCUCGGGAGCUAUCCAAUUUCCGGAACCACCCUCCCGCCGUUCAUUCUCUCGGGGAAGAACGAAACCUCGAUCACUCUGAAUUUCACCACCGUUAGGGCUUUCGUGGACUGGGGUGAGAGUGAUGAAAAUCUGGAUUUCAAUUUGAAGAUUUGUAUGAAAGAGCAUUAUAAGGGUGGCUUUUGGGGCUGGGGACAGGGGGAUUGGUUGGUCUUCUCUUGCCCGGAUUUAUCGGUCAUGGUAAAUACUCUGCCCAAUGGAUCAACCCCUGGUGGUGCUUGGAGUUUAACCGGAGGAGCUAGACACUGCGAGUUCUUCUAA